UUCAUUGUUAAACACAUCACGGAAAACAGAAUGGACCACAUUCCUCGACUAUCAGAGGUCCUGUACGUGGGUCUGUGUCGUAAUAUAGGGACACCGAUAGAAGUGGCCAUGAGGAGGGACGUGAUGGACAUGGAGGAGAUGAUCAAGAAACCUGUACAAAUGUAUAAUGGAUGUAGAUAUAUAGACUCUGGUAGUUAUAGGGAGGGAUUUAGGUUUGAUUCCUCUGAUCGGGAUGCAAUGUUUUGGUUUCAUAGCCAUAAAAUGAUAAGCAAUAUUUCUCAGUCCAGCAUUUACGAUGUAUCAAAACAUACCAUUAUUCUAAUGGAGGAAUCGGAUACACCGCCUGGAUUUGUCAGAUUACAACUUCUUACACAGCCAAGGGACAACUUUAUCAAUUCAGCACUUGUUUCCUUGAAGGGUAUACAUUAUCUUUCAAAUUUGUUAUGGAAAGAAAAAUGGCUGCAAUUGAGUAAGGAAAACAAUGGCUAUCUAAAUGUCGAACAUCAUGGUCCUUGUUCGACUGGUUACAUUAGCCACAUUGAAAUUGAUUUUGCUCUUUGUCUUAGCAGUGUACAUUGGACAAAAAUAACAAGUAAUUGGAUCCAACGAUCUUUAAAUUGUGCCUGGCCUCCUGAAUAUGUGUUAACUGAAAUUCUGAAGGACGGUUUUCAUUGUGUUGCUAUCGGGGAUAAUAUCUUAUCUCCUUCCUAUGAAUUAGAGUGGAGAUUAUCGUUUUCUCAAGCCGAACAAAAAUUAGUGUGUACCAUGAACCAUACCCAAUUUUUGUGUUACGGACUCCUGAAAAUAUUUCUGAAGGAAGUAAUCAAUCACAGUAUCCGCGAACCAUUACUUUGUUCAUAUCACAUAAAAACUACAAUGUUCUGGAUAAUUCAGUUGGAAAAUAUUCAAUGGUACCCAAACAAUUUACUGAAUUGUUUCUGGAAAUGUUUCAAAUAUCUCAUUCAUUGUGUUUAUCGUGGCGAGUUUCCCAAUUUUUUCAUUCCACAAAAUAACAUGUUUUCAAACAAACUAAUUGGAUCUACUCGUAGUUGUUUAUUAAAACAACUUAAUCAAUAUUACAGAAUGGGCGUGUCUUGUCUUCUUCUUAGUCCGACUCUCAGAUCAAUCCUCAAUCCAGCUCUAAGGACGCCAUCGUUUGGGGUUCAUUGUGUCGAGGGUCACGUUAAAACUGUUUUAGAAAUAGAUUUGAAUGCCAGUAGGGAAAUUUCUUCUGUUUCAUUUACAAAAGAGACUUGUCAACAAAUUGUUACACAAUUGAAAUCGAUAGAAAGAUUCUUGCAAUUUUCAUUUUCGCCAUACCAAACAGUAACAUUACAAUACUGUACAGCUCAAACUCUUAUUCAAAUGGUGUUUACUUCGGCGCAAAGUUCUUCCUGUAGCACUCAUAAAGAGACAUUUGCAUUAGAAAGAAAAUUUUGCAACAUAUUGAAACUUGCUGGAAGGAUAGGUUGUGUGUCUGAUUUCCUGUAUUUAGCUUUGUAUAACUAUAGUAUUGGUAGUUAUCAUGAAACUGUUAGGUUAAUCCAUUUUAUCAGAGAAAGACUUUCACAGCCUUUCAUCUUGUAUGAUCAUCUUACAGGUGAACAGGGAUAUGAAGCUGUAUGUAGUCUGUCUCCGUCUGGACGAAUGAAAAAGGCAUGGGCAAAUGACCUAAUACUUAAGGUGGGUGUUUUAUAUAUUCGAGAAUUAUUAUUAGAACAAGAAGAAGCCGAGAAAAAUGGAAUGUCCCUAUUUAUAUCUCCAUUUCUUACACUAGAAUGGUUGUCCGUGUUAUCUUACUACAGACUAGGGAAUCAAUCUCUAUAUCAACAGUCACUGUCAGACUUAAAAACUCUGCUGUUAUAUGAUGAUGGGAUGUAUAUAUCUACACAUCAGAGAGAUCUAGCCUGGCAGAUACUUGGGAUUUGUCAGCAAAUUGUUGGGGACUUACAUGGGGCUUUAUAUUCUUAUCAAGAAUCUCUGAAACAGGAGCCAUUCCACCAAAUACAGAAAGCUACAGAAGCUAGAAUAAGCUAUGUUGAAAGGCAACUUCAAUAGAAAUUCUAGGUCUACAAGAGCUGGUGAUUAGAAACAAUGGAAAGAGAUAAUAUUUAAGACAUCAAAAACUUACAUAUGAAACGUGAAGCCAAAAUUAUUUUGUUCGUUAAGUUCAUAUACAAAAUAUUCAGAAUAAUUUUCUAAUUCUUGCUUAAAUUUGUUGAAACCGUUAUUUGUUUUAUUUAACCAGCUUAUUGUCAUUAUUAUCAACUGGUAUACAGUUUUGAGUUGUUUUGCUUUUUG